CGCCCGUCAGGUGCAGCAGGGUUUACUGUGGCCAGCCAGUCAAGCACCCUCGGAGCUGACACGUAAGCCGUGUAGCCGCCUGUCGCCGCACCGGGUUCAGCGCGCACAGGAACAUGAUUUUCGGCGGACAGAGGCGCAGUUCGUGCUGGAUACCGAGGACGUAGCAGGAACACCAGACUCUGACAUUUGGGAACGUCGCUCAUGCUGUAGAGCUCCUGUGGAGGAAUGGCCAAAGAGCAGAAACAAAGCAGGGCAGAAACAUUUGUACUGGCUGGAUCCAACGGUCAUAAUGGCCAGCAGUGGCAGACUGGUAUGAACAACUUGGUGCAGAAUCACUCUGCACCGACCAACCACACGUCCAGGAUGGCCCGUGUCGCCUCGGAUGUCAAGCACAAGUGCGCGGCCUACGUGCUCGCGCUGAGACCGUGGAGCUUCAGUGCCUCGCUCACGCCUGUGGCCCUUGGCAGUGCCUUGGCAUAUAAACUGGAGGGCUCUGUGGACUUGGUCAUUCUCAUGGUGUGUGCGGUGGCGGUCCUCGUGGUCCACGGGGCAGGAAACCUCGUGAACACCUACUACGACUUCUCCAAAGGGAUUGACCAUAAGAAGAGUGACGAUAGGACUCUUGUGGACGAAAUCUUGGCCCCGCAGGACGUUGUUAUGUUUGGUGCGUUGUUAUACUCGUUGGGGUGCUUGUGUGCCACUCUGCUCUACUUCUUGUCUACACUCAGACUGGAGCACCUAGCCCUUAUUUACUUUGGAGGACUCUCCAGCUCUUUUUUAUACACUGGAGGCAUCGGUCUCAAGUACGUAGCCCUGGGAGACGUGGUAAUCCUCAUCACCUUCGGCCCUCUGGCGGUCAUGUUUGCCCACGCCGUGCAGGUCGGCUACCUCUCCGUGCUGCCGCUGGUGUACGCCGUCCCGCUGGCCCUCAACACAGAAGCCAUCCUCCACAGCAACAACACCAGAGACAUGGACUCUGACAAGCAGGCCGGCAUCGUCACCCUGGCCAUCCUGGUGGGGCCCACGCUGUCGUACGUCCUCUACAACCUGCUGCUCUUCGUCCCCUACGUGCUCUUCUGCAUCCUCGCCACCCGGUACACCAUCAGCAUGGCGCUGCCUCUGCUCACGCUGCCCAUGGCCUUCCCCCUGGAGAAGCAGUUCCGGAGCCGAUGCUACGCCAAGAUCCCCCAGAAAACGGCCAAGCUCAACCUCCUCAUGGGACUCUUCUACGUGUUCGGGAUCAUCCUGGCGCCUCCUGGCAGCUUGCCGUCACUGUGAUUCGUUAGCGCUGACAUUUCAGAUUUUGUUGUUUUAACGCAGACUAGUUUAUGUACCUCUUUGUAUUUGUACGACUCUGUCUACAGGCUUUUACUGGCUUUAAUUUAUUGUUUAAUUUAUAAGUUGAACAAAGAUUUAGUUUAGUUCCCCCUCUGUGACGCUGAAGGCACAGUCAGUAUUAAACCUGCUGCUGGUGUCGGGCAGCAGUGCUGUAGAGCCGAGCGAUGGACGGUAGACCUGCAACACUGACACCUGGGAAACAUGAAUAAACUGUUGUUCUCAUCGUUGUACUGUCUGUAUGGUACAUGCUGUUCAUUUGCUCAUCGUGAUGGUCUUUUUGGAGAGCCCAGUAGGAUUUCAUUUAAUUGUAAUAAAACCUACCACGCUGA